GGCCCGGGCUCUCGGCGGCCAUGGAGCAGCUCCCGGGUGGCCGGCGGCCCCGCCGGCUGGUUUCCUCGCUGGGGCUGGGGCAGCGCUCCUGGGAGGUCACCUUAGACGAGGAGCGGGGGCGGCUGGCCUGGCGUGACCCCCGCCCGCCGCGCCGCGGCGGCGAAAACUGUUUUGUACCAACCUCCGAGAUCAUUGCUGUAGAAGAAACGGAACUUAACAAGAAACAGCAUAAUACUGGCAAGUGGCAAAAAAUGGCAAAGCCACAUGCUUUCACAGUGUAUUAUGUGAAGAAAGCCCGAAAUCACCGCUGGCGGUGCAGUGAUGUGACGUUUUGGUGUGUUGAUGAGCGCUUGUGUAAUCAGUGGAUACAGGCACUGAAAGAAUUACUUGAAAUGCAGAAGUCUAGACCAAAGCAGUUGCUUGUGUAUAUUAAUCCCUAUGGAGGAAAACGACAAGGGAAGAGGAUUUAUGAACAGAAAGUUGCUCCACUCUUCAGUCUGGCUUCUAUCUCUACUGAUGUUGUUAUAACUGAACAUGCUAACCAUGCUAAGGACAACUUAUUUGAAGUUAAUAUUAAUAAAUAUGAUGGUGUUGUUUGUGUUGGUGGGGACGGCAUGUUCAGUGAAGUGAUGCAUGGUCUCAUUGGAAGAAUGCAGAAGGACUCUGGCAUAGACCAAAAUAAUCCCAAAGCACCGUUAGUCCAGUGCAAUAUAAGGAUUGGCAUAAUUCCUGCUGGAUCAACAGAUUGCAUAUGCUAUUCAACUGUUGGCAUUUCUGACCCAGUAACAUCAGCUCUUCAUAUUAUUGUAGGUGACUGUCAGCCUCUGGAUGUCUCUUCUGUACAUCAUAACAACACAUUUUUGAAGUACUCUGUAUCAUUGCUGGGUUAUGGUUUUUAUGGAGAUAUAUUAAAAGAUAGUGAAAAGAAGCGGUGGAUGGGUCCGAUGAGAUAUGACUACUCAGGUUUCAAGACUUUCCUUUCUCAUCAUUACUAUGAAGGAACAAUUUCUUUUCAACCAGCAAAACACACACCGGGAUCUCCACGAGAUAAAGAUAGCUGCAGAACAGGAUGUUACAUUUGCAAGAAAAGUGAGCAACAGCUGGCAGAACAGCACAAGGAAUGUGGAUUAAAACAUGCAGAAGAUGAAGAAGAAUGGAAGGUUAUUAAAGGGAAAUUUCUAGCCAUCAAUGCAGUAAAUAUGAGCUGUGCCUGUCCACGAAGUCCAAAAGGUCUUUCACCAGCAGCUCAUUUGGCAGAUGGUUCAGCUGACCUCAUUCUAGUUCGUAAAUGCUCCAGAUUUGAUUUUCUACGGUAUCUUGUCAGACAUACAAACCAAGAUGAUCAGUUUGACUUCUCAUUUGUAGAUGUUUAUCGGGUGAAGAGUUUUCAAUUUACAUCAAAGCUUUCAGAAGACAACGAAAGCAAUGUCACGGACAUAGGAAAGAAACGUUUUGGCCAGUUCUGCAGAGAUCAUCCAGCCUGUUGCUGUAAUAUUGCUAAUAGCACCUGGAAUUGUGAUGGAGAAACUCUGGACAGUUCAGCAAUUGAAGUGAGGGUUCACUGCCAGUUAAUGAAACUAUUUGCAAGGGGAAUCGAGAAAAACUGUAAAGAUGAAGCUGCCUACAGCCAGAGUAGCAUUGAACAGUUACUAUAGACAUUGUUCCUCCAAUGGGGAGAAGAAAAAAUAAAAGCUCAAGGAAAUUGAGUAAAUAUGCAUUUUAGUCAAAUUGACAAGUAUUUUAAAAUUUUAGUGGGGUUUUUUUUGAGGCUUCAGUAUAAUUUUAGACAUCUUAUUGCAUUGUGUCAUAUUUUAAAAAACACUGUAAUCAUUAAAAUAUAUCUCAGAGCAAUGUAAUCUAAGUUAUGUUAGAAAAGAGAGGAUUGGCGUGUAUAUAUGUAUUCAUGAUAACUGAUAAAUUCUCUGUGCUUUUCUAGAGAGCUGAUUUAGCAGUUGUGUUGCAAUAAUAUCUAAAUGUUAUAAAACAUUGGACUUUCCAUUGUAAUCAAACCAAGAUACCAAGACAAGAUAUUUUCAGUGUCUGAGAAGACGUUUUCUGCUGGGAGUGUUAUGUAGUUGCAUGUGGCUUAAAUGCUGGACAACAGUGUUGUCAUCCGCAUCUUUUUUGUAGUGAAAUCUUUCAUUUUGUAAUUCUGACUAUACCUUGCAACUUAUCAAUGCAAUUCAAACACACAUUCCUGGCUUUAAGUAAUAACAAUAAGGGUUUAGAAAUACUUUGAAAAAUAAAAGCACAUCUGUAUACAAAUCAUACCUUAUCCUAUAUAUUCUAUUUAUAAAGGCUUCCUUGCAUGAUGCUUUUUGGGAUUAUAAAGGGUUUUAUAACUGUUUGGAUGAUACCAAAUACCACACUGCAACUGAAAUGUCUUGCAAGCAACUCGCAGGGAUACUUAUAUAAUACCAGGAAGGCACAGGCAAAGGAAAAUAUAAAUAUUUGCUGAAACACCAGCAAGUUUUAAUUUUUUAAAAAUAUCUAAAAUUAACAUAUGAAAAGCUUCCCUCUUCAGUACACAAUUCUUUGGAGAUUCUACUACAUACGUUAAAAUGUAUUUGCAAAAUAAGAUGUUGGAAUGUUAAGUUUAAAAAUAUGAUUUGAUGAUUGAAAGUUUUUUAAAUGAUGUUUAUUUAACUAUGAAACAAAAUAAUUUGUUUUGUGAAGUCAAGGGAAGAAACUGGCAUCUGAUAAAUCAUGAAUUCACUGUGCUGAUUUGUUUUUAUAGCAAAAAACAUUAGACUAUCAUAUAUAGCUAUGGAGUGAUUAUUUAAGUUGUGUAUGGAUUUGUGUAUUGUGGCACAUAUGUGUUCUGUGUUUAGGUUUGGGGCUAAAUUUUGCUGCUCUUAUACAGAUUUAUUCCUGUUUUGAGGAUCAGAAGUUAGCCCCUGCUCUCUUCUGUCUUUUCUUAAGUGUGUAGUUCUCUAUACAACUUAUUGCAUCUGAGGUUUUUUUGCAUCUGAACAGCUAAUGAUUUUCUAUUCAUGUAUCUUUAUUGGCACUUCUGUCAUUCAGCUUGUGUUAGUUUCAUAUGUCUCAUGUACUUGGUCUGUGUAAGCCAUGGUGAUUGGUCAUUUUAUUACUGAAGCACUUGAAAGUUGUUAUAAAUGGCAGAUUUUUUUCUGUUGAAGUUACUUACAUUCCAGUUUUGUGUAAUAUCAAAAUGGUGUGCUAUAUCUUUGCUACAAAGUAUUAUUCAUACUGCUCUAUAUGACAAAAAGCACUUGCAAAUGAUAUUUGCUUAAAGUAUAGUCAUACAAAGUUUAGGAUCUGUUUUGUGUUAUGUAGUAUUUCAGGGAAAUACUUGAAUACUUUUCCAAAAGUACUGCUGUUUACUUUCCUUAUUAAUGCAAUGAGUUGAAAUGUUGAUUGAUCCAAUGUUUUUCAGACAUUUGUAACACACGUGUUAUGUAUACUGUAUUUCUAAAGCCAUGUUUAAUAAGUGGAUUACUACUUUUGAACUAAGAACCCCAUUGAAAAUGAGAUUAUGCAGUUCUACAAAUGCAAAUAUUUUUUGAAAGUGUCGUUUGUUUAAAAAGUUCUACAGUUGUUGUGGCCUAUCCAUGAAUAUUGUGAGAGAACCCAGACUUGAAGUGACUGUAAUUCUUGUGCAGGAUAUGAUGGUGCACACUCAGCUUACCAACAGAUGAGGGCAUUUAUGAGGCAUUGCAGCUAUCCAGAUCGUGUUCUCAUAAAUGAGAACAGGAGUAAAUACUAACCAGCUCUUUCCAUUAGUUUACUAGCAAGUCAUGAGACCCUUACUUGAAAAAUGGAGGCUUAAUCUCAUUGUGAAUGUAUAUUGAAAUGCUUUGAAUAUUUUUGAUAUCUGAAACUGAGUGCUUGGUGUUUCCAAAGAAAGUGACAGUAAAGGCCCCCUUUCUGAGAAACAAGCAAUCAGAAAAGGAGAAAAGAUCAUUCUGUAGUAUGGUAAUGAACUGUGAAGUAAAUAAUAAAGGUGUUGCAACAUAAUAAAAUGAAAAGGUCUUAGGUAAUAGAAAAGCUGCAUAGUUGCAUUUGAAUAAUUCUAUUUGUAGCGUAUUAUACUAGCAAAGCACCAUAUGCGAGUUGUAUGACAUGUCCAGUUUAUUUUUGCGAGCUGUGUAAGUAAUGUCUGCUUACAUUUUAAUUCUAGGUGUUUUUUCUCUGAAUGUAGUCUCAGUAUGGAAAUCAUGUAUGGGAAAACCAAGUUUGAUUUUUCUUUUUUCCCAAUCUUGCUGGCUUCAAGAUUAGAAAAUGUGUUGUUUUAUGACGUUAGGGCAUUUCAUUGAAAAAAUAAAAUUACAUAGUA